AUGGCAUUAGCCUUGGGAGCACUCUGGGCCUGGAGUGUCUGCGAUAAAGCCGUCAUAUCUUAUUACUCGAGAGAGUACAAGACUGUGUCCUUACCCGAACGCCGAAACUACAGCCACGAAGAUGUGAGCAUUAUAGUUCCAACAAUCGACACAGAGUCCACCUUCACCGAGUGUAUGCGCCUUUGGAUCAAGGCCAAUCCUCGUGAGAUCAUCAUCGCAACCGUGGAGAGGAACCGAGCCCGUGUCAUGCAGCUCAUCGCGCCUCUCCAGAAGGAUGCUGACAAAAUUAUCAUCGCAAUUGCACCUCUGGCCAAUAAGCGCCACCAGUUGAUGGUGGGCGUAAAAGCGGCAAAGGGUAAAAUCUUUGCUUUAGUGGACGACGAUGUUUACUGGCGACUUGAUACUGUUGUCCCCUAUCUCUUGGCUCCGUUUGAAGAUGCUGAGGUUGGCGCGGUUGCCGGUAUACAAAGCGCCGAGGUCCCGCCUGAACGUCAAGAUGCACGAGUCCUUACUCCCUGGGAAGCAAUUGCAACCUUCGAUUUGUGCCAGUGGAAAGGCUCCCGGGAGGUGCACUUCGCUGCGGAUGGAGGUUGCUGGUGCUUGUCGGCACGAACACUCUUUAUUCGUGCUUCCAUCCUCCAAGAUCAAGGCUUCGCCGAUGCAUACACACAGGAGGUCAUCGGCCGUAGAGUGGUGAAUACCGCCGACGACGUUGUUUUAACAGGCUUGAUAUUUGACCGCGGUUGGAAGGUAUCAAUUCAGAAUGCCUCUGAAGCCGAAGUUACUACCAACAUCCCCCAGAACCACAAGUUUGUGUGGCAGGUCCUUCGUUGGGACAGGGGAAACUUUCGUACUUUCCUAGGGUACAUCUUUGCGUACCCUGGCUAUCGAAAAUUGAUUCAGAGACACCCAUACACCACUUUCAAGAUGGUUGAGCGCUUAGUUCGACCUAUCUGGGCUCUUGCAUACGUUUCGGCUUGGCUUCAGACGUAUUACACAGCACCAAGGAUUGCUUACACAUAUAUAGCUUGGAUGGCCUUUGGAUGGAAAGGAUGGUUUUCAACAUACCUUGCAUUCCUCAAAAAGUACCCAUAUUGUGCACGUAGUGUGUGGGCGUUCCUGCUUAUGGAUAUUGUUGGUCCAAUCGUGGAUAUAUACGUCUACUUCACUAUAAACAAUGACAAUUGGCUGACUAGGGCAGCGGACACCAAGGACAUCGAUGAUUAG